AGUCUCUUUUCACUACGAGAGAAAUGGUUAUUUUAACAGUCGCAAAUUGUCAUUGCUUGCUAAUCAUAUUUUUUGCGAAUAAUUGAGCGUCGAAGUCAGAUCAAACGGAAUAGGUUUGGUCCGGUGUGAUCUUAUUUUAUGAAGCCAGAGUAGGUCCGCCGAAGGAGAUGAAUGUCAUAGGUCCAUGUAUGACACAUUUCAGCAUUGUCAAGCAAUGUGUGACUUGCAGAUCGAUCAGUAAGUGCGGCGAUAGCUAGCGAAAGGCUGACUUCGUUGCGCAGGAUCUUAAGGGAUGGCAUGUUAUUUUGAUCACAUCGAAAGUACUGCCAUUGUUCACUUGUCCUGUGGUCAGUGUAACGUAAAGUUAAUUUUUUUGCUGAUGUUUAAAAGAAUCUCUAUUUGCAUCAUGAUUAGUUAGUAUUUUAAACACUAAAACGUCGAUAGAAAAGUGUCAUUUUCCCACUAAAACGUUGCCUAAAUGGCAAGCACACUUGUGGAUGAAGCGGAAUCAGAAUUGUUCAGGCUUUGUAGCAGUGUGCAUGGCUGGCUCGAUCACAUCCGCUUGUGUACCAUCGGCGAAGAGCGUGGAGUAUCAAAUACUAAAGGGAACUCCCCUGGUACAGAUCUGCAGUCACCAUCCCAUAAGAAAUGUGUUAACAUCUCUCAUAUGCAGGUGGACCCCUUUCAGAUGCAUAUAGGAGAUGUGGGCAGAGAGGGAAGUUGGCCUAAGGAGAGCAAGAAUAUGGUGGACAACCCUCUGUCUCAGCCCUUAGCUCCAGAAUGUACUCCCGAUAGAGCCCUUAGCUGCAGACGAGGUCCUACAGAAGAUCUGAAUAACCAUGUGUCUGUGAAAGGCAGUCAUUUAAAACACUAUCUGGAGGCUCCGCUCACCUACCCGUGUAGCGGCACCCCUCUGUCAGACCCUAUUCCGAGGAGUGCUGUGGUGUCGCAGGAAGCAGAGGCCACUAAGCAGGCGGAGAAUGUUGAAGUCUUUCCAACGCAGCGAAGACCAGGUGAAGAAAGGGACAGCCAGGAAGUCCCUCUGAACUCGAAUCUCGCACACCCGGCCAAGAAGACCCAUACGCAGACUCAGAGUCCUCGGUGCGCGCAGUUUCAAGCAGGCCAGUCCAUAGCUUUCCUAUUACAGCCUAAUCUCGCCUCUCAGUUGGGUAGUAUAACAAUUCCCUCCAAUUUGGACCAGAUUACUGUUUUAAGAAAAGUUCCAGGCACCAAAUUCAGCACUGAGUGUCACCUUAAAGGGUCUAGCCGCGAUAUGGCUGCAGAGUUUCGGCCCUGUCCUCAGCACCUCACUGUGGGCAGAGCCUUGGCGCCUGAAACUCAACUCGCUUUUAAGGCAUUGAAACCCAUGUGUUGUUCUGCAUCCACCAAGAAGAAUGUCAUAGCUGCAAAAGAUGACAAUUUGGCCGAGGAUGCUGAGCUCCGUCUCGAUGCUCCUGCUCCAUUAAAGCAGCCAGCACCAGGCUCGGCUUGUCUGGUACCUCUUGCACUUACUCCGUCCUCCAAAACGUGCUGUAGCUCAGCCGAAGACCAUUUUACUGCACAAAACAGGAUGCCGAAUGAGAAGGACAAAUGUUCCUUGAAUCACAGUGAUAAAAAUACACCACCCUCCACAAGUCUGGAGUCCCCGCGCAGAACAGAGGAGCAUACUGAGGCAUGCCCAGGUAAAGUGAAGGACAUACCACUUGAUCUGUCUUCAAAGUUAAAACUGCAAAAAAACACUAUGCAGGUUCAGAAAACAUUACAAGCGGGCUGUCAUCUGGAAUCGGAGCCGAAUGAUACUCCUAAGGAGGUUCUUCAGACCCCGGCAAGCAGUUUCGUACCCAAUGUCCCUUAUGCAGGUCUGUCAGACACCAUGGCAAAUGGUGCACUUCCAAAGAAUUCUUUUACCCAGUUGAAUCAUCCGGUCUUGGAACCAUCUGUAUCUUGGGCCAAAAUUCAGAUACAAAAUACAAAAAGCCCAGUAAGCCUCCUGGGGACAUAUGUGGGCAUUGCUAAUCCAGUUUUAGCUUCCACCUUGCGUACUAAGGAUGGGAAAGGUAUCGCAUUUUUAGAAGAUAUCCAGGACUUAGGUAGGCCAGAGACAAUAUCUAUUAUCGACCAAGGAGAGCAGCCGCUUUCAAGCAAGAAAAAAGGAUCAUCUCGUAGCAGGCAGAAACAUCGCAAAUUUUCCAGCAACACUCAGGACGCUGGGUUACAGCAGUGCCAGUCCAAUGCUUCUUCGAAGGUUAUCCUGAGUACCGUCAGCCCCGAGGUCAGCGUAAAAGGUAAGCUCAGUGGUGGGAAACAAACUGUCUCGCAUUCCCCAAAAAGCAAACUUCCUGUCCGACACCUGGGGGCCUCCAGUCAGAGCCCACUCAAGAAGGUGGAGGAGAAGGUGGGAAGGUCUAAGUCCUCUUCGUUCAAGCUUGAGACUGUAAUAGAACAAGGAUCUCUAGAAACAGCAAGCAAUAUAAACACGGGCUGUGGUCAUCAGGCAGCUACAGAGCCGAGAAAGUCUGAAGGGAAGUGCACCUCUUUCACAAAUGAAAGGAAGAGAGAUGGAAGACAGGAUAACUGUCAGCCAGGUAGGAUUGAAGAUCCAGAAACAAGAGACUCGUCUGAAAAUUCUAGACCGACCAUCCGCCUCCAGAUGUCUGGAGACCUUGGUCGUAUUGGCAGGGGAAGAAAAGAGUUGAUCCAGGUGUCAGGGGAAAUAGAGAAAAAUGGACAGCAACUUGUACAGGGUCUCUCUGCAGACUCAACGGUAGAUGGCAUUGGCUUUUCCAUACUCAAUGGUCAGUGUUCAGGGAGAAAAAUAAGUAGAGCAAACGGUUUGAGUCAGACUUCUUCCUCGGAGAAAGUUGCAAUUAACAAGAAUAAAAAAUGUCGUGUGAGUAAGCAAGACAAAGCACCAAAGGAAGCUUCGAGAAAGACCACGAUGGGCAUCGUGAAGCACAGAAAGAAGAUCCCAGUAGUCAAGAGGAAGAAGCAGACGAAGAAACAGAAAAACCAAUUGGCACCUGUACUGGAGCCAAAGCUGCCAGAAGCCAAGGGGGGCAAGAGCCGUCAAGGGGGGAGGUGCAGUGUCACUGUGGCGGAAGCGCUGCUUCACCUUGAAGCAGGUAACGUGAGCAGCCUCCCUGUGCUUCGCGAGACUGCGGGGGACAUCAAGCUGGAGCCCAGCAGUGUGAUUCCUGGGGGCCCCGCGGCUCCGAGGCCAAGGAGGGGACGCCGGAAAACAGCGAAGGUCGAGGCAGGCAGCCACAGCUUGACAUCCCGCCCUGCCACUCCCUCGCCUUCCUUGGCUCGCAGACCGCGAGGGAGACCGCGCUCCAAUGGCCUGUCCAACCGAGCGAAAUGCGACGCUGAGAGGGCCAUGCGGCGGAGCCAGCGAGACCCAGAACCGAGGAAGAAACGAAAGAGAUGCAGGAACAGGAGGUACCAAAAUGAGGAGUACAUCAUGGAGAAAGAGCAAGUCGGACAAGCCACGAGCAAAAAGUCUACAAGGCGAGCUGCUCGUGGUACCGCAGACCCAAUGAGAGCAACACCGCCCUGUCAGACCGAUGACCCCAGGGGCUGCCCCAAGAGACCACUGCUUACCCGCUCAGGGUCCUCCAAGUGCCAGGAUACCUGCAGCACCCCCAAGCUUGCUGACAAACCCUCGGGGAAAAGGAAGUUCAAAAGCAAGCACUUAGGCGGCAAAGAGGAGGGAAAAAAGGCAACUCCACUGCAGCUCAAGACUAAACGGGGAUGCCUGGGCAAGCGUCCUGCACCUCCCAUCGUUCAUGGCAGCACUCCCCCUGCAAAGAGACCUUCCUCGGCGUCCUCCACCACCCCUAACUGGAGAGGAGGUGUUGAGAAGGCCAGGACUCUGGAAUCCCCCCCCGGACGGGUCGUCCCUCCAUGGGUACGACGGCUCAUCGUCAAUAAGAACGCGGGAGAAACCUUGCUGCAGAGGGCGUCCCGACUGGGAUAUGAGGAGGUAGUGCUGUACUGCCUGGAGAGGGACCCGCAGGAGCUAAACAGGCGUGACAACGCGGGCUACACCGCUCUCCACAAGGCCUGUGCUCGGGGCUGGGCGCACAUCGUGCAGGUGCUGCUGGAUCAUGGCGCCGAUGUGAACUGUGGGGCUCAGGACGGCACACGGCCAAUUCAUGACGCGGUGGUCAACGAUAACCUGAGCGUAGUCUGGAUGCUGCUGAAUCACGGAGCAGAUCCCACUUUGGCUACAUACUCGGGGCAGACGGCGCUUAAACUGGCUCAGAGCACCAACAUGCAGUCCUUCCUCACGGAAUACUUUGCUGACCAGGAUGGGCGCCCCGAAAAGGACCCCCGCCUACGCUGGGAUUUCUACAGCAGCAUUUUGUUUGAGACAGAAGAGAAGAUGUGCUGGGACUUCCUGCUCUCUGUGCCGGAGGAGGACGAGGGGGAUAGAGGUAACGGAGGAGAGGCAGAGGAGGCCGAGGCAGAGGAGGCCGAGGCAGGAGACUGUCUGCUGUUUGAGCUCUCAGACGAGCCCCACAUUCCCUGUUACCACAUCCAGGUGUCCCUGUUUCAGGGUUAUUGUAACUGGUUCCUGCUAACGGAUGUCUUGAGACGCCUUAAGACCUCGGCGCGUCUCUUUCAAGCCCGUUACCCCCAUUUCCAAGUGGUGGGUGUCCCGUGCUCGGAACUGCAGAGGCAGGCGUCUGCCAGCCAGCUCACGCCGCUACCCGGAAGCCUUCAGCCGGCCAAAGACCUGGACGACAGCCUGGUUCAGCUGGUAAAAUGCGUUCCUGACCUGCAGAGACUGCUCGGCUCCACAGUUCAUUGUCUCACAAGGGAGGCGUCAACAGACUCUGCCAGUCCUUGCAGCCGGUAGCUUCCCCCAAUCCUCUCGGCUCAACCCUCCCCCCAAAGAUUCCCUCCCAUCUGAGCUUCCUGUUGUGCAGAGUCCUGUUAAAACGAGAUCGGCUGGGUCCUGUCAAUGAACUGAGGCCUGUCACAUCAAGACAAACGCUAAACACAACUAAAACCAGCAAUUAAUACUUCAUAUUGUCAGUGGGAGGGCAUCUUUGAAUGUGUCACUCAUGGGAAACGAAUGCUGUUUUUGAAGAUAGGCCUUUUGAAGAGGAGAACAUAAUCGCUAAUUGCUGUGGUGUAGCCUUUAAAUUAGUGGGCGGAGGUAGGCACCAUGGGGCAGGCGAUUCAGAACUCAACUUUCAGGUUCCACUAUUUAGCUAUUUUGUCUGUUUAAUUUUAACCCCUUUGAUAUGUACAAAGGAAUAUAUGGAAUUCUUCCAGUCAGGGUUAACACGAUAUGAUUGUUGUGCUCUGUUCUGUUAGGGUGUGUUUUUUAGCUGUGAAACCAAGGUGACUGAUGUGCAACUUCGAGGCUUGAUGCUGAUAGCUAGUAGGAAAUCCUAUUUCUGCACUGAAUGUGGGCCCAUCAGCUAUGAAAAUACCCAGUGAACAGAAAUGACAUGAUGUGCUUCUGCUCCACGUUCCUGUCGGUGACCAUGAUUGAACGUCCGGCUCGAACAUUUUUUUGAUUUGUCUGUCCAGUUGGUCGCUUUGUAAUUUUAGUAAUGAUUUCUAAAGUAAAAUUAAAUGUGAUAUUUUUGAGUGGAAAUAACUAAUUGAGAAUUUCUCCAAUUUUUCUUUGGUAGUUGACUUGUUCAGCACUGAUUUUUGUAUAAUAUGCUGCACAUCAGCCAAUGUGCUCAGUUUUAACAAAGAUGUUGGUUUAACUGCUGUUGUUUAGUAACUGGUCCAAGAUCAGUUUGCACUUUCCUGAUGGCAGGCAUUGCUGAAAUAUUUUUAUCUUGAAAACAUCACUGAAAGAGGUUGCCGCCAAUUAUCUCUGCGUUGCUGGAGUCGGUGAUGAUGCAGUUUGCUCCGCAAGAGUCUCAUGAAAAGGGCGGCACUUUUGCUUAAAAUUAACAUGGACUAAGGCACUAUCCCGAAGACUGCCCCUUCACUGACCCGAAGACUGUCUCGAAGACUGCCCCUUCACUGUCCCGAAGACUGUCCCGAAGACUGCCCCUUCACUGUCCCGAAGACUGUUCCGAAGACUGUCCCUUCACUGUCCCUUCACUGUCCCGACGACUGCCCCUUCACUGUCCUGAAGACUGCCCCUUCACUGUCCCGAAGACUGUUCCGAAGACUGUCCCUUCACUGACCCGAAGACUGUCCCGAAGACUGCCCCUUCACUGACCCGAAGACUGUCCCGAAGACUGCCCCUUCACUGUCCCGAAGACUGUCCCGAAGACUGCCCCUUCACUGUCCCGAAGACUGUUCCGAAGACUGUCCCUUCACUGUCCCUUCACUGUCCCGAAGACUGCUCCUUCACUGUCCCGAAGACUGUCCCUUCACUGUCCCGAAGACUGCCCCUUCACUGUCCCGAAGACUGCCCCUUCACUGUCCCGAAGACUGUUCCGAAGACUGUCCCUUCACUGACCCGAAGACUGUCCCGACGACUGCCCCUUCACUGUCCCAAAGACUGCCCCUUCACUGUCCCGAAGACUGUCCCUUCACUGUCCCGAAGACUGUCCCGAAGACUGCCCCUUCACUGUCCCGAUGACUGUCCCUUCACUGUCCCGAAGACUGUCCCUUCACUGUCCCGAAGACUGCCCCUUCACUGUCCCGAAGGCUGCCCCUUCACUGUCCCGAAGACUGCCCCUUCACUGUCCCGAAGACUGCCCCUUCACUGUCCCGAAGACUGUCCCGAAGACUGUCCCUUCACUGUCCUGAUGACUGUCCCUAAUUGUUCCCUAGGACCAGAGGUAGGGCAUGAUGCUCCAUUGGUCGAAAGCUUCUGAGAUUACAGACUUGUCAUGAUGGUGUUUGUGGUUCUGGCCUCUUUCAUUUGUGUUCUUUUCUACAUUAGGCAUUACAGUUAAUAUAUUUGACUUUUGUGCAGUUGACAAUUUAAUUUAAGCUGUGUGGCUGGUGCUUUGUUUGAAGUAUUGUACAGUAUAAUUAUUUGUUCAUUAAUAGAAUUACUGGCUUGUUAUACCAUUCGGAUUUUAAUAAGGCAGCGUACAGUUUUAUUGUACUGCUGCUAUGUCUUUUUUGACAAUCAGUAACAAUCAUUGUAUCUGAAAUGAAACCAAUAAAACAUAUUUGAAAAUAAGGGAUAUAAAUGGAAGGAAAGGUAAUAUCUUUCCUUUCAUGCAGUUAAUUUUGAUCAUUGUUAAAGGGCAUACUCAGUGACCUCCUAAACAUUUUUGACAACAUUUCACAAGAACACAGCCCUUUCAGGAUGAAGGUGAACUUUUUAUGUCAUUUUUAUGGAAAAUAAGGGAAAAAAAUAAAACUGGAUUAUCUCCACUGUG